AUGUCUACUUCCCCUACAGGUGCUCACCGUCAUGACAAUUCUCCAUAUGUCACCAAAAAAUAAUUACCACAAUAUCCCAUCCCUCAACAAUACCAGCAAUCAACCCAGCAACUCAAUCAGCCAGAUUAUUAUUAAGAUGAAAGGUAUCGUGAAUUUGAGGAGCGUGAGGAACAAUACAAUUAUCAAAUCCAAAAAAUGAAUGAUUAUAUUCAACAAUUGUAACAUGAUUUGGAUGUAUCCGAACAUGCCAAACAAGGCUUUGAAUCAGAUUACCUUAAGGCAGCCCAUGAAUUGCAGCUCUACAAGGAUCAAUUGAAGAAAUUAUACACCAUCUACCAACAAUAAACUGCUCAAUUUGAAACUAUUAAAAAGAAAACCCAAGAAUCUAAUCUAAAUGCUGAAAAAACAUAUGAAAAGCAAUUUGAAAUUAAAAACGAUGUGCAAAAUCUCAUUUUGGACAGAGAUCUCCUUAUGAAUAAACUAGAACUGGGCGAUAAACAAUACAAUUUUGAUGUCCAAAGCUUGACUCAGUAACUUAAUGACAAGAAUGCGGAGAUCUAAGAUCAGAGAAAGAGAAUCAACGAAUUAACUGAAUUGAAAAGAAAAGCUGAUGAAGAAAUUGCAUCCUUGAGAUUUACACUUGAUCAUCAAACUGCUAGAUUGGAAGCUGAAUUAAGAGAAAAAGUACUGAAAUUAGAAGCAUUAGACAAACAAUUUGCUGAAGCACUCUAUCUCAAAGAUAAUGAACUAGUUGAUGCAUUCGAUAAGAUCAGGAUCCUAGAACACGAAGUUAGACGUAUCUUAGAUUUGAAUAGAAGCUAUGCCCAAGAGUUGAGUAUGUUAGCAAGAGACAAUAGAUUCAAAUAGGAAGAAAUAGCCAAAGUCAGAGAAGAUGCAGUAAAUCUAUCAUAUCAUUUCUAGAAACCUGCUAUGCCAUAGUAAAUCAGCGUCUAAUCAGGUGGUAUGGAACCUAGAAUGCCACCAGCUUGGGCUGAGAAAUUCCAUAUCAAAAUAGAUGCUUGUUUAGAUUUAUUUGAAAGGAAUCACGCUAAAUCUUUGAAAUAGUUAUGCCUUAAUCUUUGGAAGGCAAAAAUGGAAUUAAAAGCAAGAAACAAAUAGAACAAAGCCAUGGUUGAAGAAAAUUCAAAUCUAGGCAAAAGUGUAGUUGUAGGCGGAGGAACUGAUAUGAGAGUAACCACAUAUUUUGUAGACUCUUUUGUUGCUGCCAUUACUUUUGCCAGAGAUGCUAUAUCUAAUGUAGUUUUUGAUGUCUUUGUCAAAAGUGUUAAUAAGGCAAAUAAUAAAAAACUCAAUUCUUUCGUUCUAUUCUUUGAAUCUCUUAAAGAAAUGUAACAGAAGUCGAGCAAAGGAUUGUGGUUGGCCUUAGAAACCUAUGCUAAAUUGAGAAAAGCUCUACGUCAUUCUGUGCCGAUCCUUAUUGAUGCAAAAGUUCAAAGUGGGUUGCUCUAGAAAGUAGAGUUAGCUAUGGGUAAAUUACUUAAGCAUGACAUGGAUUUCAGAAAUAAUAUUAACAAAUGGUUAGAAGGGACCUUAGCCUUUACUGUUUAAAAGAAGGAAGCAGAAGCUUAUGACAAAAAUAAGGAUUAUCUGUUCCUGUUUAGAUUAUUAACAGUUAAAUAUAGAAUCAAAUUCCCACUGUAAGGAAAGACGUUUGAAGUAGAUGUAGAUAUUGAAACCACUUUAGAACACAAGAUUUGUUAUGCCUUAAGAAAAGUGGUUAAAUAACAAUGA